AUGUCUUCAACUACUACUUUAGUCAAAUCAGGACUUAUCAUUCCUGCCAAUACUGUUGGAAUUUUAUACUCAUUCAUGACUUCAACUCGUGUAUUAUCUCCACCAAGAGUUGCUUCUCCACUUCCACAUCAUUAUUACUUUUCUACAUCAACUGAACCACUUUCAAUUAAAGAUAUUAAUCAACAAACAGUUCAAGCUAAUUAUGCAGUUAGAGGUAAAAUUCCAAUCAUUGCCGACGAAUUAAGAGAUUUAAUUGAAAAGAAUCCUGCUUCUCAUGGUUUACCAUUCAAUAAAAUUAUUAAUGCAAAUAUUGGUAAUCCUCAACAAUUAGAUCAAAAACCAUUAACUUGGUAUAGACAAGUACUUUCAAUCUUACAAUAUCCUUCCAUCAUUAAUCAAGUGAAUUUUCCUCAAGAUGUUAAGGAUAGAGCCAUUAAACUUUUAAAUAAUAUUGGUUCAAUUGGUGCUUAUUCUCAUUCUCAAGGUGCUCCAUUAAUUAGAGAAUCAAUUGCAUCUUUCAUUACUAAAAGAGAUAAUGGUCAUUAUUCAGAUCCUCAUAAUAUCUUUCUUACUUCAGGUGCAUCAGCCGCUGUUCUGUAUUUAUUACAAAUAUUAUCAUCUGACUCACAAUCUGGAUUCUUAAUUCCAAUUCCUCAAUAUCCUUUAUAUACUGCUACUAUUGCUUUAAAUAAUGCUGUACCAGUCGGUUAUUUCUUAGAUGAAAAUAAUAAUUGGUCAACCAAUCCUGAAGAAAUUAGACGUCUUCUUGCUCAACAUCCAAAUAUUAAAUUUAAGGCUCUUGUUGUUAUAAAUCCAGGUAAUCCAACUGGAUCUAUUUUAACUCGUGAUGAUAUUGUUAGUUUAAUUGAUAUUGCCGCUGAAUAUGGAAUUGUUCUUAUUGCUGAUGAAGUUUAUCAAGAGAAUGUCUUUAAAGGUGAAUUCAUUUCCAUGAAACGUGUUUUAAGUGAAUUACUUGAAAUUAAUCAUGACAAAUAUAGAAAUGUUCAAUUAGCAUCAUUACAUUCAACUUCUAAAGGUGUAUCUGGUGAAUGUGGUCAAAGAGGUGGUUAUAUGGAACUUGUUGGAUUCCAUUCUGAAGUUCGUGAUGUAUUAUUUAAAUUAGCUUCUAUUAAUUUAUGUUCAGUUGUUUCAGGUCAAGCAUUAAUGGAAUUAAUGAUUAAUCCUCCUAAGGAAGGUGAUGAAUCAUAUCCAUUAUAUAAAUCAGAAACUUCAUCUAUUCAUCGUGACUUACAAGCUCGUGCUGAUUUAUUAUAUAAUGCCUUUUUAAAUAUGGAAGACAUUAAAUGUAAUAAACCAAUGGGAGCAAUGUAUUUAUUCCCUAAAUUAGAUUUUGCAGAAGAAGAUUAUCAUUUAUUAUACUCACGUGCAAGACAAUCUAAUUUACAAAUUGAUGAUAUUUAUUGUAUUGAAUUAUUAGAAAAUACUGGUAUUUGUUGUAUUCCAGGUAACGGAUUUGGUCAAGUUCCUGAUACUUAUCAUUUAAGAACUACUUUCUUACCUCCUGGUAAUGAAUGGAUCGAUAGUUGGGGUCAAUUCCAUAAUAAAUUCGUUGCAAAAUAUAAAUCAACUAAGCAUUAA